GACGCGGCGCGGAGAGCCUAAGCCCGAGCAAGCAAAAGAGCGAGCCAGUCUGGAGCUGCGGCUGAGCAGGGGGAGACGCGAACGGCUUCAGGCACUGCUGUGGAGCGGAUCGCGGGGCAGAGGCGGGAUUAUUCUUCUGUUGUGGUUGUUCUGCGCGGGACGCGACAGACGCGGCGGCGGCUUUCCCGCGCUUUUCUAGUCCCUCCUCUCCGCGCCGCUGAGGGGCAACUCCGAGCAGCGAAGGCGCAGCGGCCGACCGCCGGCAAGUGCUGCCCAGCCCGCGCCGCGCUCCUCUCGACCCAGGGCGCUUCUGUUGUCCGGCUGUACCUCGGGCAAGCAUGAUGGCAGCCGCCAAGCCCGCCGAGGUGAUGGGCAUCUGCUCGAGCUACCAGGCGGUCAUGCCGCACUAUGUGUGCAUUACCGAGGAGUUCCCCCAGCCCAUCCGGCCGGCCAAGCUACCCAAGGGCAAGCUGCGCAGACCGCGCCAGUCCCGGUUCAAGACGCAGCCGGUGACUUUCGACGAGAUCCAAGAGGUGGAAGAGGAAGGGGUCUCCCCGAUGGAGGAGGAGAAAGCCAAGAAGUCCUUCCUGCAGUCCCUCGAGUGCCUCCGCCGCAGCACGCAGAACCUCAGCCUGCAGAGAGAGAAGCUGAGCAGCUGCAGCCGGCUGCGGAACAGCCUGGACUCCAGCGACUCCGACUCGGCCCUCUGAGGCGGGCGCGCCUGGCGGCCUCGCGCCGCGGGGCCCGGGACUGUCGCUCGCCCCGCCCGCGCUGCCCCGGCGCUGUGCUUCAUACUGAAGUCGGCAGGUAACCCCCGAGAGGAGCUGCGAGGAGGAUCCUUUUUAGGGCGGAAAGGGACGGUUUCUGGGGAGACCCGGCUGCAGACAGCGACAGCGGUUGGCUCUUCCCUUUGCAAGAAACGGCCACGGACGCUCCCUCUUUAUUUUGUAUGCUAUAUCCCGAACCUAGUUGACAGAGACUUGGAAGGACGGAGAUUCCUUUCCCUUUUGCUUUUCUUCCUUCCUUCUUUCCUUUUUUUUUUUAAAAAGAGACGGACAGAUAUUGAGUGUGAAUGUGCUAGAUUAAGAAAGCGGUUUGCAAGUGACAUAAAGAUCGAUUUCUUUUUCUAAGAAAAUGCUUCUAUGUAUGUUUCUACCUUGCCUGUUUUUUCCCUUUAAAAAAUAUAGGUGGUGGAAUUAAAAUUGCACAUCUUUUUCUAAUGUUAAGAAAACAAAUUGAGAUGUUUUAUGGAUGCAAUCAGCUGCUGGAUUUGUAUUUAUUUUUGCAUUUAAACUUGUGACUGCAUUAAUUUAAUAUGUUUCUACCUGAAUGUCUGUAAUUAUUUCCACAAAAGAAAUAAAACCGAUAUAUUUGCACAAUG